AUGGCAGCUGCAAUGGAAUUUUGGAGUAGCAGCAGCACCAACUCAGUUGUAGAUCCCUUUAGGGGUGGUGAAUUAAUGGAAGCACUUGUACCUUUUAUGAAAAGUGCUUCCUCCACUCCUAUUUCUCCCCCUUCCAAUCUCCCUUCUAAUUCUCUUUCUUCUUCCUCCCUUUCUUCUCCUUCUACCUCCAAUUCUUAUCCCUACAAUUCUUGCUAUUACCCAGCAGAGUCAAAUUUCCAGCCCAAUUUGAACUUGGCAGGUGAGAAUUUUGUGUUUGGAUUGGAUCAACAGCCUUGUUCAAUUGGGCUCAAUCACCUUACCCAAGCCCAGAUCCAAGACAUCCAAGCCCGGAUCAAUCUCCAAAAUCAGCAACAAAUGGUCUCAGGUUCGUUUAACAGUCAGGCCCAUAACAUGAGCUUCUUUGGCCCAAAGCCUGUUCAGAUGAAAAAAGUGGGGUCUCCUCCAAAACCCACCAAGCUUUACAGGGGAGUGAGGCAGCGCCACUGGGGUAAGUGGGUUGCCGAGAUCCGUCUGCCGAAGAACAGAACCCGGCUUUGGCUAGGUACCUUUGACACGGCAGAGGAGGCGGCGCUGGCCUACGACAAGGCGGCGUACAAGCUGCGUGGAGACUUUGCUAGGCUGAACUUCCCUCACCUCCGCCAUAAUGGGUCCCACAUCGGUGGCGAGUUCGGGGAGUACAAGCCACUCCAUGCCAGCGUUGACGCCAAAUUGCAGGCCAUUUGCCAAACCCUGGCGGAGGGCAAGAGCAUCGACUCCAAUAAAUCCAAAGGAAGAUCCAAAAAAUCGGCUGCCGUCCCGGCUCCGGCGGAGGAAAGUCCCAGCAAGAAUGUUGUUGAACCCACAUCUGAAAGUGACGGGUCCGGUGGGUCAUCACCCUUCUCGGAUCUUUCAGUCCUGGAUUUCACAGAGGAGGAUUCGCCAUGGGACAUGAAUUCAUUGGAGAAAUAUCCAUCAUAUGAAAUUGAUUGGUCUGCUUUAUAA